AUGAAAGAUAUAAAAUUAUUAAUAGAAAAAAUAAAAAUAAAUAGGGAAAUAGAGUUUGAAAAAGAUGUGAAACUUUUGUUGGAUAUGAAAAAAUAUAAUGAUGCUUUAAAUCAUAGUAAUAAAAAUGAUAAAGAAAAUUAUAUGAAUUCGAAAAAUUUUAAUAAUUCUAUUGGAUAUGUAGAAAAGAUUUAUAAUGAGAUUAAAAAGAAAACCAUUUUUGAGCAUAGUUAUUACAAUAAUUUAAUAAAUAAUUACAAUAAAAGCAGCUAUUAUAAUACUAUUAUGAAUUAUAAUACAGUAAGUGAUAAAAAUGAAAACUUAAUAAAUUUUUUCCAUAUGUAUUUAAUAAGAAAAUAUUGUGAAAAAAAUUAUUAUAUUUGUUUGCACAAUAGAUUUAUUCGUUCAAUAACUUAUAGUUAUCUAGAAAAAAAAAAUUUUCUUAAAUACAUAGAUUCAGACCUAUACUUCUUAUAUAGUUAUAUAAAAACUUUUUCAUAUAUUUUGUUAAAAAAUGAAAAUUUAAAUAUGUAUUUAAUUAAGUUAUGUAGUGAAAUAAUGUCUAUAAUUUACGAAAAAUUAAACCUUUUAAGAACAAAAGCAACAUAUAAAAAUGUACAAUUAUAUGACGAAGAAAAUUAUAUUCCUCACAAUAAUUUAAUUAAAUAUAUUUAUUUUGUAGUUGAAUUUUUAUGUAAAAAUGAAAAUUAUAAUUAUUUAAAUAUAUUAUAUGGUGUCUAUUCAUGUAUAUAUGUUUUUUCAAAUGUUUAUUAUACAUGUGCAUUAUCAUUUAAUAAUUUGAAAGCAGAAAAUUAUAUAAAAAAAAAAAAAGAUGAAAACAAAAAUUAUGAUGAAGAUAAUUUUAUUUUAUAUUAUAAAUAUAUUAAUGAAUACUCUAAUUGUGAUUUUAUGAGAUUAAAUGAAAUGCUUCUAUAUUUUAUAUCUAAAGAAAAAUUAAAAAACAACUGUAACUUUAAUGAUAUUUUAAAAGAUUUUAAUAUUGUGAAAUAUACUACUAUUUUACAAAGAAUGUUUUUCAUGGAAAUAUUUUCAAAAAACAAUAAUGAUUUAAUAUAUAAUGAAAAGUUUAAAUUUAUAAGAAUUAAUAUUUUUAAGAAAAUAUAUAGUAUCUUUGAUAGAUGCCCUUUAUAUCUUGAACUCCCCUUAGAAGAUAAAAAUCUCUGUGAUAAAUAUAUUAAUGAAAAAGAAAAAAAAUUCUAUAUUAAUAAUAAUUCAAAUAAAAUGCAAAAUGUUAUUAAUGAUUUAAAACAAAACUCAGAGGAUGAAAAUAAAAGUUGUUUAGAUAAUAAAGAAGUACAUCACUACUUUUUUGAGGAAGCUAAAUUCAAUAUAGACGAUAUGUUUUUUAAGAAAUAUCUAAAUAAUACUAUUAAGGAAAAUAUAAAUAACAAUGAAAAUAUAGGAACUAUAUGUAAAAGUAUUACGGAUAAUAAUAUAAAUAAGAAUAUUGAUAAUAGUACAAACAACUGGCAUUCAGAAAAGGAAUAUUUUUUAAAAAUGUUUAAUGAUAAUUAUUUGGAGAAAAAACAUUAUUUAGAAUGUAUAAAUGAAUUUUGUUUUAUAGGUAUUGAUUUUGAUAAAACUAUUACCAAAAAAGAUUCUUACUUUUUUUUUUUUAAACUAUUAAAAAAGUACUAUAACUAUAAAAACACAGAAGUUAAAUUAACACAAGAUGAUAUUUCUUUUUUUGAUAAUUUUUCUGUAGAACAAAUGAAAAACAAAAAGGAAUUUUCUCCUGAAGAAAGAAUGGAUUAUUUAUGUAAAAUUUCUCAGUGGAUUGUUCUUAAAGAAAAAAAUUUUUUAAAACAAUUAGAAGAGAAAAAUAAUAUAUCAGAUGCAUUUUCUGAUUCCUAUUAUUAUUUUCUUAAAAUAAUUAAUGAUUCUAUUGUGAAAGAAUCUCUUUUGUUAUCCUACUAUGAUAUUUUUAAAGAUGUUAAUAUAGAUAUUAUUAACAAAACUAUUAAUGAAUCAUAUGAAGAAUUAGAAUUAAAUGAUUAUUUUAUGGAAACAUUUUUAAAUUUGAUUAGUUUUAAACAAAAAAAUCCCCAAGAUUUUUAUUUUGAUAUAAUUACAUUAAAUUUUAAAAAAGAGCUAUGUUCAUUUCUUCUUAAAAAUACAUUGAUUAAAUUGGAUAAAUUAAAUUUUAAUCAAAAAUUAAACUCUAUAAAUAAUACAUAUACAGAGGAAGAAUAUUACAAAAAAAAAAAUGAUAAAAACUUAUCUAGUCAAUUUAAUAAUAAUGAUGAAAAUAAAACAAAUGAUUAUUAUAAUUCCUUCAAAAAAUACUUCAAUAUUUAUUACUGUAAAUCAUAUAUAUAUGAUAAAAAAAAAAGAAAAUAUACUGGAGAAUAUAAGAAUAAUCAACUUAAAAUAAAAUAUAAUAAAUACUCAAAUGAGAAUAAAAUAGAAAAAGUAAGUUUAAAUUCUGUUUUUGAUAAAACAUUAAUAAAGAACAAAGUAUGUUCACUACUUAAAAAUAAAGAUCAUAAAUUAUCAUGCUUCAUUGGAGAUAGCUUAUUUGAUAUUGAUAUUAUGUUAAAUGUUGACAUACCGAUUUUAUUAGGGAAUAAUAAUAUUUUUAUUAAAUUUUGUGAAAAACAUAACAUUUUAAUUAAACCACUUGUAUUAGCUGGUGCAAAAAUUGAGUUUCUUAAAUUAAAAAAUAAACACAAUGAAAAUGUAAAUAUGAAAGAAGGUUUUAUGUCAAUAAGAAAAGAAAGAGAGAAACAAAUAAAUGAAAUUUAUGAUGAAAACAAUAAGAUUAUUUAUUAUGCUGAAAGUUGGAUGGAGAUUUGUAUAUUUUUAUUUGGAAAUAUUUAA